AUGAGAGAGAGGAGGGAGAAGAAAGAGAGAGAAGAGAGGGAGGAGAGAGAGGGGAGAGUGAGGAAGGAGAGGAGAGAGAGGAGGGAGAAGAAAGAGAGAGAAGAGAGGGAGGAGAGAAAGGGGAGAGUGAGGAAGGCGAGGAGAGAGAGGAGGGAGAAAAAGAGAGAGAAGAGAGGGAGGAGAGAAAGGGGAGAUUCCAGAGUUUUGGUCGGCGCUCCCAAAGCCAACACGAGCCAACCUCACGUCACCGAAGGAGGAGCCGUGUUCUCCUGUCCCUGGAACCGGUCCAACUGCACAGUCCUUCACUUCGAUGAGCUCGGUGAUCGCCGUUUCUACAUCAACGAGGAGUUGACUCAGGUCGAAUUCAAGUCUCAUCAGUGGUUUGGGGCCACACUGCGUUCCCACGGCAACAGCAUCCUGGUAAGAGCGACCAUCAGAGCCUGA